CGUCACAUUCUGUUCGAGGAGUAUUAUGGUCUGUCGGGAAUCCGGAGUGGAGGAAAAUAUCUCUAGCUACCUCCGCUAGCGUUAGCUUAGCACUGGAGGAAACAUGGAGCUGUCCGCCGUCGGGGAGAGGGUGUUCGCCGCCGAGUCGAUCAUCAAACGGCGGAUAAGGAAGGGUCGCAUCGAGUACCUGGUGAAGUGGAAAGGCUGGUCCCCCAAAUACAGCACUUGGGAGCCGGAGGAGAAUAUUUUGGACUCCCGCCUGUUUGCCGCUUUCGAGGAGAGAGAGCGUGAACGGGAGCUGUAUGGGCCCAAAAAGAGAGGACCAAAACCCAAGACAUUUCUACUCAAGGCUCAGGGUAAAGUGAAAGCCAAGUCCUAUGACUUCAGGGCUGACGCGGUGCGAGGGAUGCACAUCACCUACCCGACCCCGGAGCCCGUGGCGACCCCGAGGGCCCGAGAGGGCCUCAGAGCCGUGGUCCCCACCAUCUUCCCCCCCAGCACCGUCAACCGCGGGGAGAGCGUCCGCGUCCGACCGGCCGAGCUGAGCGUCCGCGACUUCCAGCAGCCUCCGCUUCAGCAAACCGGACCGGACGGGUUCAUCCACAUACCUAAAAAAAGAGGGCCCAAGCCCAAGCCCCGCUUCAAGGAGGGGGCCCCUGAAGCCCACAAGAGGAGAGCGGAGGAGCCGGGGGGCCAGGGGCCCCACAAACUGGCUAAGCUGCAGGGGGGAGAAGACAUGAGGCUGAUCAAAGUGGCCCACAGGCACCAAGAGAUCCACGGGCACAAACACCACCAUCAUCAUCACCAUCAUCAUCAUCACCACCGGGGCUCCUACAAGCAGAUCUACCCUCACAGGACAGACCUGGACUCUGUCAGGACUAAGGACAGCUCCAGCUACCUGGCUCCUGUCCACUACAAGCACCAGUCCAGACUGAACCUGAGCCGCCCCGCCCAGCUCCCUCAGAUGGAGAAGCCCUACUUCCUGGAGCGGCCGUCCCCCACCAGGCUGGACAUGGACCUCAACGAGGUGACGUGGAGGCCCUCCAUCGGCAACGUGGAGAAGGUCCUGGUGACGGACGUGACCACCAACUUCCUCACCGUCACCAUCAAGGAGAGCAGCACUUCCAAAGGCUUCUUCAAAGACAAAAGAUGAUUCGCUGGCGUCAGAACCGUUAGGACACAGUGUGAUUAUUAACCCUCUGGAGGCCAUUUUGGCCAUUUUUUUUAACCCUUUUCAAUCUGGCUGUAUAUAGAUUAAGAUUAAGAUUAAUUACUUUAUUAAUCCCACAAGCUGUGCAGGGGGGUUAGGUGCCUUGACCCGUCAGUACCGGGAUUCGAACCGGCGACUCUCCAAUUACAAGCCCGAUUCCUAACCUAUAGGCCCAAACAAUAACACUUAAAACAAUGUUUACCGCAUCACCUCGGUAUCUUAUUUUUAUCAGCACAACCUCACCUUUAUCACCUGAUUAUUAUUUUUUCCACUUUGACUUACUGGAUCAACAUUUUGAACCCAAAGAAACACAACAAAAUGUUGCAAAUGUGGACAAAAGUCGCAUAAAAGACGUAAAAUUAGGGAGAACAUCUAGUUCUAUAUUUUUAUACUAAAUAUAUUUGACCUUAUCUCCGGUUUUACUUGUUCUAUCAUCAAACAAAUACUGGCCUCAUGGAGUUUUAAGCCAGUAUUUUAAAGUCACGAUACUAAAAUUUUCAACUCGAUACCGAUACUCCGAAAAUAUUUGAUACUCGAUACCAUUUUCGAUACCACAAGGAUAAAAACAAAGACCCUUAAAAUUUAACAGACAUAUUUUUAUUAACAAGAAAAAUGCAACAUGUAAAAAUGACCAGAACCACAGGUUAAAUAUUUAUAAUAAAAUACAGUUGUGCAAAAAGAAACUGCAACUAUGAUAACAAGCUUCAGGUCUGAGGUAGUGCAAAAAAUAAAUAAAUACAAUAAACAAUAACAAUUAGAACAAUAUUUUGAGGUUGUAUGCUGUGCACAAUAUUAGGCAAGCUUGAUAAAAAAAUAAUAAUUUAAAUGUUCAUUCCUUGGCUAGGUAUCGAUACUUUAUAAAAUGAGUAUCGUAUUGAGAUACAACGGUUUAGUAUCGAUACUUUUUUGAGUAUCGCUACUUAAAAAAAAAUUAAAAAAUGUUGCAAAUGUGGACACAAGUUGCAUAUAAGACGUAAAAUGAGGAGAACAUCUAGUUCUAUAUUUUUAUACUAAAUAUAUUUGACCUUAUCUCCACUUUUACUUGGCCUAUCAUCAUCAAACAAAAACAAAAAAAGUUUAAAGCCAGUAUUUUAUUGGGAAGUUAAUGGAAACACUGCUUCGUUUUUACGCCAUGACAUCAUGAAAAAGUCAUUUAAUUUGAUAAUUUUGGCGUAAUUUCUGACUCCAGAGGGUUAAAGCCAAGCCGUUUUUGUAUGUAAUGUAUAAAAAGCAAAAUGACAUAAUGUGCAUAUGUGUAUAUAUUAUAAAGUUGGACGUCUGUUUAAUGUAUUGACCAAAUCAAAUGAAGUCCAUUUCACGUUUUGCAUUGGUUAAACAUGAACCAGCUGCAUGUUUCCUCUGCAGCUACUUUGUGUACAGAGCUUGUGAAUUUAACUAUUUUGCAAAAUUUAACUAACUAGAAUG